AUAAUGCUUCGUUCUCUUCCUUCCUUCCUCGCUCUCGCACUCGCACUCGCUCUCUCUCUAAAACCUCUCACAGUUUCCCCACAUUCCAUUACAAACCUCACAAUUUACAACAGUGAUUCACAUACACACACAGCGAGCGCGCCUCAAUUAGGGUUUUCUUUCCUUCGUCAUUCACUCACUUUGAUCACCAAACUCCGUCUGAGAUUCGGGAAUGCCUUUUGGAGUUAUCGUGUAAUGGAAUCGUGGAGGGGGUGGAAUCUAGGGUGUCUUGAUGGCAGUGGCUAAGGCCUGGAGGUUUAGCUUGAUAUCGGCCAACAAGCUGGCUCUCUUCCAGAGCCACAAUGGCUAUUCUAGCAACAGCAAUAUCUCCGACAAUAAGCAUCCCUACUGGAGAUUGACGGCGACGACGUCAUUCCACCGGAAGAAGAUCUCCUGGUCGGUGGUCUGCGGGUUGAUGCUUUUUGGCUUGGGCUUGAUUUCGCUAUUCACCGGCCACGUCGCCUCUGAUCUUGACUGGUACUCUCAGCACUUCGCCAACCCAAGCUUCUACUCUAGGCUGGACGGGGGUCGUCGUGAGCCAAUUGAUAUAUGGAAAUCCAAGUAUUCUAAGUACUUCUAUGGCUGCACCGAGCGAGGGCGGCAUUUUGCUCCUUCUGUUCGCGAGCAAUCAUCAAAUGGCUAUUUGCUUAUUGCAACAAGUGGAGGGCUGAACCAGCAAAGAACAGGAAUAACAGAUGCUGUAGUUGUCGCACGGAUUUUAAAUGCUACAUUAGUUGUACCUGAGUUGGAUCGUCACUCCUACUGGAAAGAUGAUAGCGAAUUCAUCAACAUUUUUGAUGUUGAUUGGUUCAUUUCUUCCCUUGCAAAAGAUGUGACUAUUGUCAAAAGAGUUCCUGAUAAGGUCAUGCGAUCAAUGGAGAAACCUCCUUAUACCAUGCGUGUCCCAAGGAAAUCUGCCCCGGAAUAUUAUCUUGAUCAAGUUCUCCCUUUACUCUUGAGGAGACGUGUUGUGCAAUUGACAAAAUUUGAUUAUAGACUUGCAAAUAAUCUUGAUGAGGAGCUACAAAAGUUGCGUUGCCGAGUUAAUUAUCAUGCCUUAAGAUUCACAAAACCUAUACAAAAGCUUGGUCAAGGACUUGCUUUAAGAAUGCGAGAGAUGGCAAAACGUUUCAUUGCAGUUCACUUGAGGUUUGAACCUGAUAUGCUAGCAUUUUCUGGCUGUUAUUAUGGUGGGGGUGAGAAGGAAAGAUAUGAGCUUGGUGAAAUUAGAAAACGAUGGGCUACAUUACCGGAUUUAAGCCCUGAGGGAGAGCGGAAGCGAGGGAAAUGCCCACUUACUCCUCAUGAAGUGGGUUUGAUGUUGCGGGCACUUGGUUUUGCAAAUGACACUUAUCUUUAUGUUGCAUCGGGAGAAAUAUAUGGUGGAGAAGAAACUCUACGGCCUCUUAGGGAACUCUUCCCAAACUUCUAUACAAAGGAGAUGCUUGCCAUUGAAGAGUUGAAACCUCUUCUUCCUUUCUCUUCGCGCUUGGCAGCCAUUGACUACAUUGUCUGUGACGAGAGUGAUGUGUUUGUCACUAAUAAUAAUGGAAAUAUGGCAAAGAUUCUUGCUGGUCGCAGGAGAUACAUGGGUCAUAAGAGGACUAUCAGACCAAAUGCAAAGAAGCUUAGUGCUUUGUUCAUGGCAAGGCAAAAGAUGGAAUGGGAUACAUUUGCAAGAAAGGUAAAGUCAUGCCAAAGAGGCUUCAUGGGAGAGCCAGACGAGAUGAGACCCGGACGAGGGGAGUUUCACGAAUAUCCAUACUCCUGUGUCUGUGAGAAACCAUUCAAUGAUGAUGACACUAGCUACAACGAAAAUCAUCACACAGAAAACAAGUUGCCAUGGAAUCCGUAACGAAGAUUAGAUCCACAUAGGGUUAAAUACUAAAGAGAGAUGGUAGAAGAGCUUUACGCUGAUAGCGAGGAGGAUGCAUUUUCUUUUAGGCAAGGUGAGAGAUGAUUGGGGAAAAGAGUGACCGACUGGAGAGAUGAAGAAAAGAACUGUCCCAAAUGUAAUAUGGUAGACGGAACUAGUUCUUACAUUGACCAGAGAUUGCAGUUGCUCUGCCAGCCUGUUCA